CAGCUCCAUAUGCUACCGGGUAUACGGUUCUGUAUGCCCUCCGCGGCAGCUCUAUUCGGAUCGUUGUGCCAUGGCUGUCGCAGCCGGGCGCGUAGUUUGUCAUUCUGGGGCUGUAGUUGGUCGCCCCGACAGAACAGCCGGUGGAACAGUCAGGAUUCAAUUCAAUCUACUGCAGAGAACCCACGAAUUCUCAUCACAGGAGGCCUUGGCCAGUUAGGUGUGGGGCUUGCAGAAAUCUUGAGGAAACAGUACGGAACAGAAAACGUUAUCCUAUCGGAUAUUAAAAAGGCUCCACCAGAAGUGUACAGAAGUGGCCCGUUUGUGUAUGCUGACGUGUUGGACUAUAAGAACCUCAGAGAGUUGGUGGUGAAUAACCGCAUCACCUGGCUGGUGCAUUACAGCGCUCUACUCAGUGUUGUAGGAGAGGCCAAUGUGGCCCUGGCACGCAAGAUCAAUAUCACAGGCCUUCAUAAUGUGCUGGACCUGGCUCUGGAGAGCUGCUUACGUCUCUUUGUCCCUAGCACCAUCGGAGCUUUUGGCCCUUCUUCUCCCCGUGACCCCGCACCUGACCUGUGUGUCCAGAGGCCUCACACCAUUUAUGGGGUGUCCAAAGUGCACGCCGAACUGAUGGGGGAGUAUCUUCAUCACAAGUAUGGACUGGACUUCCGCUGCCUACGCUAUCCUGGCAUCAUCUCAGCUAACACACAGCCUGGGGGAGGAACAACAGACUAUGCUGUCCAGAUUUUUCACGAUGCACUCAGCACAGGUCACCACGAGUGCUAUUUACGCGCUGACACACGUCUGCCCAUGAUGCACAUUGGUGACUGCCACCGUGCGACUGUGGAGUUCAUGCAUGCCCCGGAAUGCCAACUGUCGCUGCGCACGUACAACAUCGCUGCCAUGAGCUUCACCCCCGAGGAAGUUUCCACGGAAAUACGCAAGCACCUGCCCCACCUCAAGGUCACCUAUAACCCUGACUCUGUCCGCCAGACCAUUGCGGACAGCUGGCCAGUGAGGUUUGAUGACUCCAAUGCACAGAGAGACUGGGGCUGGAAGUCGACCUAUGGGCUUGAGGAGCUCGUCUCAGACAUGCUAAGCUCCAUCCAUGACAAGAAGACCAACGCCGGACUGCCAGUCAGCUAGCAGGCACCACUCACAGAGACUGACCUGCCAAUCACUAUUCCCUUAAAUCCACUUCAUUCUGGGUCUGCCUAUCACAACAGACCCUCUUUAACCUUAGCAUAAUUUCCAAACCAGGAACCUUUUGUAUGUCAGGAAUAUUCUACCAAUAAACCAGGGACUAUUUUCAAACCAGGAGUCUUCAGCCAGAACCACUCGACUUGCCACGACAGUGGACACUGAAACCACACACACACACACACAUGGUAGGCAGCACACGCUCUCAUAAUAGCAGCCUUACUCAUUACAGUCAAUCAUUCUCUUCUGUUGUGACUUUCUUCAGUUUCUGUUGUUUUAAUUGUGAUAGAGAUCAUUUAAGUAUCAUAGCAGGUUUAACAUAAGCCUCAAACCUCUGGGGGAAAUAGGCUCCAGGCAAAUUAUUUUACAUAUAGUUAAGUCAAAUCAAAUUAUAUUUGUCCCAUGCGCCAAAUACAACAACCUUACAGUGAAAUGCUUACUUACAAGC